CUUCCGAUACGCCAUCCUAGGAUUCCAUUUAAGGUGGUGUUAACCAAAUAUACAGUGCGACUGUUUGUCCACUCAUUGUCACUUUUUUGUGACACUUCUCGGUGUGAAAACAUUCCAAUGAAAAACGAGAGGGGGCGGGGAGAGUGCGUGAGUGAUGAAGAGGAAGGUGGGAGGACGAGUUGCAGAGCACCUUGCAUGCAGGUACAGACAGAAGACGAUGAGAAAUCCCAUUUGAAAGAGGAUUUUACAUCCACCAUCCAGAAUGUUGCUCCGCUCUCAUUCAGAAAAGAGACCCCUCCUUGGGUUUUCCGCCCUAUUAACGCAACAAAGACAACUUGGAUCCACAGUACCUCCAUCUUUGGCCCCAAAGGAGUCCAUCCUGACAUUGCAGUCUCUUGCUUUGCCACCUCCCUGGGUAACACAGGCCGUUUCCUGCAUCGACCGAGGAGAGCGAGAACUGCAAAGUCUCAGGGAGCGGCAGCAGGCGGAGGCGGAUGAGGUGAACCGGGAGUUGGACAGCGCAGUCAUUGAUGCACAAAAGGAAGAGCUCCGCCUUCUUGAGAAAGUUGAGCGGGACCACAGAGAAGCCCAGCAGAUCCUGAGUCGGGUGAGAAGGGAGAACGCUGCGGCUGUGAGAGUCGUUCAAUCCCUUGUCGACAGGCAACUCCAAAAAAUGGGUCGACUGAAGGAGCAGAUACAGAGAUGGGACAGCAUGGCUAGGGGUUCCGAGAAGCUGCAUCAGCUGCAAAGAGGUUUAGAGGAGGUUACAAAACCUUGGGAAAUCUGUCUUACGCUGAAAAGAGUCAGCUUCCUACCAAACAGCAAGUCUAAAACGUUAAACUUGGGGCAAGUAACUGUUCACGAGCAAGGUAUGACUUAUCCCAUUGGUGUCUGUGGUGUCCAAGGACAGAAGUGCGCUUUGCACGCAGGAGAGUCAACAUUUUCAAACAUCACCCCUAUCGAGAUCCGUAAAGAGCCUCAAGCAGUCAGAGGGCAAAGGCAGAGUCCAGAGGAGAGCACCAAGACCAAGAGUGGGAACAUUCAAAUUGUCCGCAAACUACGUGUGUCGAGUCCUCCAGAGAAUGAGGAUGGGUUUGGAUCGCCAAGGUCCCCCGCCCUAAGACAUUGUAGAGUAUCAGAGUCCUCUCAGGAGGAGGAAGCAGAGUCAGUGUGUUCAGACGUCCACAGUCAAGACCUUUUCCUCACUAUUCCAGCAAUCUCUAGCCAAGGAGAAUCUGAAGAUGACGGAUUGGAGGGCAGAUGGUGUGUAACCAAGAAGCGAUUCACACUUAAGGGAAAGAAAAAGCAAAAGGCCCAAGACCUGGUUCCAUGUGAAGAACAAUCUUGCCCUCCAGAAAAAAGUGAUACAAAAAAUGAUGCAAGGCGCGACGAGUCACCUUGCAGGCCUGGUUCUAGAUCUCAUUCCAUGGGAGGCCAUUCCUUUUCUCACCAAGCCCAAUCAAAGAGAAAUAACUCAAAUGAGUCAUCAAAGGACAGUGGAAGCCCCACCUCCCCAGCAAACAGUGAGGAUUCAUCUCACACGUAUCCCGAGGAUGUUGAUGGAUCCCUCAAGCAGAAGCACUCGCUGUCCUCGGCCAAGCUUUCUGGUAGCGCAUGCUCGAUUGUCCAUGGUGACAAGGGUGACUGUGGAGCCAUCAGGAAAGUCAACAGAAUGCUACUGGCAUCCGAACCUUCACUUCUUGAGCAAGGUCGAGGACUUGGUGCAGAGCCGGAACCACACAGUAACGUUACAUGCACGGCUCAGCAAUAUUCAAGACCCCAUAUUUCUGUUCCACAUGAUUUUGAUUUAAACUACGGGAGCAAAUCUCUGUCCAUGCCAGCCGUUGGAGAGGAUGAAUGGCAGCAAUACAAGACUGGCAAGAAAGAGAAAGAUGUGGCAGCAUUCAAGCAUGAAGAAGGAGGUUCAACUGCGCUUGACACGGCUUAUCUGGUUAAACAGUUUGGGAAACAAGGAUCAGGUCGCACUGAUUUCAACCUGCCGAGCGGUCUACAUGCAACUGUUAACGGGCAGCUGUUUGUGGUGGAUUGUGGAAAUGCACGCAUUCAGGUGACCGACGCCCAGAAGAAUGUUGUGCAGCAGGUUUCUCCCUCAGGAACGGAGAGAUCGUCCCGUAUCUGCAACUACUUUGACGUGGCUGUGAACUCAAAGGGCCUCAUUGCCUUGACCUGCGCUGCCGAACGAGCAGUGUUGGUAUUUAGUCGCCAUGGACGCCUCCUGCAAACAUUUGGAGGCAUGAUGAGUGGUGCCACCAAUGAGGAGCUGGAUGCUCCCAGGGGUGUGACUCUGACCCGUCAAGACGAGUUCUUGAUCGCUGACAUCAAACGUGGCACAUUAACUGCCCUGAAGCUGGACCCCAAAACCGGGGCCAGGUUAGAGCGGACAGUGGUGACCGGUUACCACCGGCCCUACAUGGUGGCAGCCUGUCUCAUCACUGGUCUCAUGGCCGUGUCAGAAAGGGGCAGCGAGUCGGGCCGUGUGCCAUGUAUUCGGGUCCUGGAGCCUGGAUGGACCACAAUCCGUAUACUUGGGGUCUGUUCUGGUCUUGGGCCUGUCCUUUCCUGCCCUUGGGGCCUUUGUAUCGACAGCGACGGGGAUGUUCUGGUGGCAGACUGGGGAAAGCAGCGCCAUCGGGUUCUCCUCUACUCGUCCAAGGGUGCGGGCUGGCCACUGGUGACUGAUCAUCUGAACAGCCCGAGAGGUCUCGCGCUGCUCCCUGAUGGCCACAUGGUCAUGUCGGACAGCAUGAAUCAUUCCAUCAAGAUCUAUCGCUACAAAUGAGGAUGAUGGUGGAGACGUCAAUAGCAACAACAUUGAUCAACUUGAUGACGUUUGAAUCCAACCUUUUACCGCUCAUGUUUGAAUCCAACUUGCACCUGUCAUGUUUGAAUCUGACACACAAACGUAGCAAUGUUCGUAUCACUCAUGUUUGAAUCGGACUGACCUCGUACCACUCUUGUUUGAUUCCGAUCUCGUACCGCUCAUGUUUGAUUCCGACCAUGUAGCGCUCAUGUUUGAAUCCAACUUGUACCACUCACGUUUGAUUCCGACCUCAUGCCGUUCAUGUUUGAAUUGGACUGACCUCGUACCGCUCAUGUUUGAAUCGGACUGGCCUCGUACUGCUCAUGUUUGAAUCUGACCUCGUACCACUCAUGUUUGAAUCGGACUGGCCUCAUACCGCUCAUGUUUGAAUCUAACCUGGUACCGCUCAUGUUUGAAUCCAACUCGUACCGCUCAUGUUUGAAUCGAACUUGUACUGCUCAUGUUUGAAUCAAACCUUGUACCGCUCAUGUUUGAACUGGACUGACUUGGUACCGCUCAUGUUUGAAUCCAACUUGUACCGCUCAUGUUUGAAUCUGACCUCGUACCGCUCAUGUUUGAAUCGGACUGGCCUCAUACCGCUCAUGUUUGAAUCUAACCUGGUACCGCUCAUGUUUGAAUCCAACUCGUACCGCUCAUGUUUGAAUCGAACUUGUACUGCUCAUGUUUGAAUCAAACCUUGUACCGCUCAUGUUUGAACUGGACUGACUUGGUACCGCUCAUGUUUGAAUCCAACUUGUACCGCUCAUGUUUGAAUCUGACCUCGUACCGCUCAUGUUUGAAUCGGACUGGCCUCAUACCGCUCAUGUUUGAAUCUAACCUGGUACCGCUCAUGUUUGAAUCCAACUCGUACCGCUCAUGUUUGAAUCGAACUUGUACUGCUCAUGUUUGAAUCAAACCUUGUACCGCUCAUGUUUGAACUGGACUGACUUGGUACCGCUCAUGUUUGAAUCCAACUUGUACCGCUCAUGUUUGAAUCUGACCUCGUACCGCUCAUGUUUGAAUCGGACUGGCCUCGUACCGCUCAUGUUUGAAUCGGACUGGCCUCGUACUGCUAAUGUUUGAAUCCGACCUCGUACCCUUUUUUUUUUUUUGCAGUUUUUUUCCCCCAAAUUUUUCAACUUCCUGUAUAUUUGCUUUUCGUAACAUUUUGACUCUAUUCCCAUAAUAUUAUAAAAUUCCAAUUCUAUAAAAUUACAACUUUGUUUUGUUUUGUAUCUCAUAAUUUUGUGACUUUAAAAAAAAGUAAACAUUUUUCUUUAAUAUCUCAACUCUAUGCUCCUAAAAUGACAUUAUUUUUCCCACCAGUUUAUUAUUGAAAAAAACUGUGACUUUUUUUUCUCUUUAAAAUACUACUUUUUUGUCUUAAUGUUUAUCACAUUUCUGCUGUUGUUGUUUUUUCCAACAAUUUCAACUUUGUUUUUGCAAAAGUUCUUCUUGUAAUAUUUCAACUUUAUUGCCACGGUAUUUACACUUUAUUCUCAUAA